CUUGGCCUUGUUUUUUCUCGUCGUGUUUUCACUGUCACGAGCCUGAGGCUUGGGGCUUCAAGAUCAACUCCGGCGGAGGAACUACAAUUUUCGACGUAACUACAAAGGCAAAGAAGUAGAAAAAGAGUUGUAUGGUUUGAUUUGCUUUUUUUUGAAGUAAACCGUGCAACCAUGGAGGAGUCCCUUUUCAACAUGACGGGGGGCUACUCCGAGGGUAUCCUCCGCGGUCUGAAGUGCGGCUUCCUCACGCCCGAUGACUACCGAAAGUUGGGUGCUUGCGAAUCUUUAGAAGACGUGCGAACGGCGCUGGAUGACACCGACUACGGAAGCUUCUUGCAGGACGAACCGAGUCCACUGGAAAUUUCCACGAUAGUCGCGAAGGUAAAGGAGAAAGGCAUGCAAUGCCAUCUUACUUUAACUUUUCGAUUUUGGAAGAUGCAGUAGCAUCUGAAGCCGUGCGAUGACGCGCGCGUAACUAGCAAGAUGCACCAGAAAAGGUCACGUCGGCGCAUGAUGAAGGCGCAUGAUGAACAGGAGCAUGUGCAUGGCCACGGUUCAGUAAGAAUACAUCUUGCUCGUGAAGAUUUCGAAUCUGAAAAAGUACAAAACAGGCCAAGCAGAAGCUCGCAGACGAAUUUGAGUACAUCAAGGCCCAGAGUGUGGAGCCGCUAGUGUCCUUUAUGAACUACAUUCAAAUCGACAAAAUGAUUGACAACAUCAUUAACCUCUUGCAAGGUAAAUUACGACCUUUUUUGCCAUGCCUGUGAUUCGAAUGCCACAGCCGCAAGCCAAUCGAUUGCAACAAAGUUCAUUUCUACGACCUGCUCUCUCGGGUGGAGAAGUCCUACGUUUUGAAAAGCAAGUUGAUGCACAGCAAAAAAAAAUUUCCCAGGCGCCCUGAACGGCAAGCCAGCUAUCGAGUUGCUGGCGAAGGCGGAUCCGCUGGGCUUCUUUGACGAGAUGAAAGCCAUUCCAUCUCUGGACUUGUCCCAGGGCUACGAAGAUUUGUACCAGACCAUCCUGAUAGACACCCCGGUGGGCCCGUACUUCGAAUCGGUCUUGAAGUCCCUGUCAGACGAAGGCAAGCCGUUGGGAAGAGACACCGGUAAUUGUCAAAAAUAUACUUGAUGCAGUACAACUACAUGAUGAUGUUUUCACCUUAAGAACGUCGGAGGGUCAUCAUCUCAGCAAAAAAGAAAGGGGCACCAGCCAGUUUCUCAUGCUUUAUAGUCUUUCGCAGCGUUAUUUGGUUCUACUAAAUAACUGUGUGUAAAGUAAGAUGGGAGCUGCAGACACCCACGUAGGCAUCAGUGGGAUAAAGAAGAAAAGUGGUCAACACAACAGAUGUCGGAUCUCUUUUGACGGAGCAGGACUUGGAAGUACUAAAGAACCUCUUGAAGAAGACCUGGUUGGAGAACUUUUACGGGUUCUGCUGCGGCCUGGGCGGCAUGACGGGAGAGGUACAACUGAUACUUAGCUCGGGUAUAGGAUUUAUUUGCCUGAAUAAGAUAAAUUUGCGCCACCCCGGUUACCGUGUGACUCUGGAAUUGCCUUGCAAAUCAUGUUACUGCUUCUGAAGGACACCUCAUAUAGAUGCAGUAUACACAAAAUCAACAACGACAGAUCAUGGGUCACAUCUUGCAGUCCGAGGCAGAUUUUCGAGUUUUGAACAUCACCCUGAACAGUUUGAACACAAGCCUUGGCUCACAACAAAAGAUUGCUGACCGAAAUGCGCUCUACCCAAGCAUUGGCUACCUGUAUCCAGAAGGUAAGAAAAGAACGGUUUUGUUUUCAGUUUCUGUCCUGUCGAUGUUGUAGUGAGUUUUUUUGCAUCUUAGCGUUCAUUCUUUAUCUUCGUACGCAAAAUAGCAUCGCUACUUCCCCGAUUUUUGUGGUUCUACCUUUAGCUGCUUUAGCUUUAAAUCACGAUGGUCCACCUGUUAGGUACCGAGAAGUUGUGCAAGGCUUGGAACCAGACCACCGUCCGCGCCGCCAUCGAGCCGUACAACAUUUACCGAGAGCUGUUCGACAGCGUGAAGAUGUACUACGACAAGGAAGCGCGGAAGGAACAGAAGAUCGGGCGAAACAUCAAGUCGAUGGAAUAUUGCAGUGAAAAGUGCCCCCCACCCCUGAAAUUGCAAAAAUUUGUGAUGCGAAGUUUCCAAAUGAAAACUUUUUGUCAUGCAUGAAAGGAGUAUGUAUCUUUCUGAUGCAGAGUGUAGGCGUGUAUCGCAUCGCUUGCAUGACAAGCGCCGCUCAUGCUAGGGUCUUUUGCAAUUACAAAUCUUUGCUAUUCACGAUUGGAAACCUGUGAUGCUGAUAGAUGCAAGAGGGCGAAUGUUUCAUUUGGAAAGGUUUGCAAUACAAAUGCUCCCAAGUUCGGGGGUGGGGGCAUUCUUCAUUGUAAUAUGGAGGACAUGCUUUUCACGGAGACCGCGAAACUGUACGAGUUGAGCUUCGAUUAUGGCAGUGUCAGGAUUGAAAUUAACAAAGUUGAAAUAAUUUGUGAUGCAUAAAAUCUAUACCAGUUGGACCCACAGUUUCCAAUCGGCGCAUGACAAAUUUUCCUGGUCUCUGAAGCAAGUCUGUCAUGCUGUUUAGGGCAAGAUGGCUGCUCCCUGUCAUGCUAGUCAGCAGCCCACUUCUUGACCCUUGCCAGCAGUAGAAUCUGCCUCCGUUGCGCCUUCAGCAAUAGAGUCAGUCUUUGUGUCGCAUUUUAUGCAUCACAAAUCAUUUCAACUUUGUCGAUUUCAACUCUGACACUCCCAUAUCGAUCAGCAGUUCCACUACGGCGUCUUCUACGCCUACGCCAAGCUCAAGGAGCAGGAGAUCCGCAACAUCGGGUGGAUCUGCAACAUGAUCGUGAUGGGAAAGCGCGAAUUCGCCGAUGACAUUAUUCCAAUCUUCGCCCCCCGCACCUAAACCCCCCCAACAUGGUCUUGCUAGUCUUUUCAAUAUUUGCGAUAGUCUUCGUCGUCCGCUACUUCUGCGCAAUCGAUUGAUCAUCUAUCAUCGCAGUGAUGAAACUGGGUGGUCUAGUACUUACUCUUUGCGCAGUUUCGUAGCGGACGCGGAAGCGAAUACAAAACAACAACUUCUUAGAUGAUUCAUUUCACAACUCCUUUUUCAAAGCUUUGACGAAAAAUGUUUUUUACAUUUUCGGUGAAAAAUAAAACAUUGUUUUGCGAAUUUGACGCCGGGCGAACUCCUUUCUAUGGUCGUACCCUGCUCCUUCUAAAAAGCGAACACGGAUGUGAAAAGUCUUGCGCUGCACCUGCUCAGAACGUCUACCUGCUUCGGGGAAAAAAAUUACUUUGCUUUUUUAAGACUUUUUGGCGAAACCGCUGUUCUGAGUGCGGCUGUGACUCAUAGAGUAGCGGGUAUAUAAUAAAUACUGACGCAGGUUGCCGCAAGCACUUUUUUAGACCAACAGGAGAAAAAUUGGAGGCGGUCGUGGCUGCAAUUGAUGCAGUUGCUUCUGCAUCUUCUACAUUGAUGAUGAAUUUGUGAAGAAAAUAUAGACCACUUAGACAGCUGAAAGUUCUUUCAAAUAGUUGCUUGCUUGUGCUUGCAUACUCUGAAUGUGAAUUGCAAAAGAAACCCGAGUGGUGCAAAGAGCACGAGUCGACGCAGAAGGUCGUCAAGUGUUGCCCAACAAGUAUGC